ACGUGGGCCCGAAGUGGGGGUCAUGUGACCGCGGCUCGGGCAGGUUUGUGCCGGUGUUGCUGCCGCCGUUGUCUCGCCCCGGCACAAUGCAGAGCGUCAUCAACACGAUGAAGGGGAAGGCGCUGGGGGUGGCCGAGUACCUCACCCCCGUGCUCAAGGAAUCAAAGUUUAAAGAAACUGGAGUGAUCACUCCUGAAGAGUUUGUGGCAGCUGGAGACCAUUUAGUUCACCACUGUCCAACUUGGCAAUGGGCUUCAGGAGAAGAGCUAAAGGUCAAGGCUUAUCUGCCAGCAGACAAACAGUUUUUGAUGACUAAAAAUGUGCCAUGCUACAAACGUUGUAAACAGAUGGAGUACUCAGAUGAACAGGAAGCAAUUAUAGAAGAAGAUGAUGGUGAUGGGGGAUGGGUAGACACAUUUCACAAUGCAGGUGUUGCAGGAGUGACAGAAACAGUUCAGGAGAUCACGUUGGACAGCAAGGACAGUAUAAAAUUGCCAGGUCCAUCAGCACCUUGUGAAGAUGAGGAGGAGGAAGAUGAAGGGGAGGCAGCUGACAUGGAAGAAUAUGAAGAGAGUGGGUUGCUGGAAACAGAUGAUGCAACACUUGAUACAAGAACAAUAGUUGAAGCUAGCAAAACUAAAGCUGAUGUUGGAGGGGAAGAUGCUAUUCUACAGACCAGAACUUAUGACCUCUACAUCACUUAUGACAAAUAUUACCAAACGCCAAGACUCUGGUUAUUUGGAUAUGAUGAGCAACGACAGCCUUUAACAGUAGAGCACAUGUAUGAAGAUAUUAGUCAAGAUCAUGUCAAGAAAACAGUAACAAUUGAAAAUCAUCCUCACCUUCCUCCACCUCCCAUGUGUUCAGUUCAUCCAUGCAGGCAUGCAGAGGUGAUGAAGAAAAUAAUUGAAACAGUCGCAGAAGGUGGGGGAGAACUUGGAGUUCACAUGUACCUUCUUAUAUUCUUGAAAUUUGUACAAGCAGUCAUUCCAACAAUAGAAUAUGACUACACAAGACACUUUACAAUGUAAUUAUAAGAUUGCUGAAAUGUUCUAUGCUGAUUAUCAAUCUGGAUUUUUUUAAAGAAAAUAGCCCCCAUAUGCAACUUACUCACCAUUGUACACAGUUUCUGUAACAUUAAACUUUUAUCAAGUUUAUGCAUCAAAAUAAUGUUCCAGUACCAGCCUUUUUAACAAAGAAUUUUGUGUGUAAAAUAAACACUUUCAUUCCUGUACUUGCAA